AUUUCGAUAAUAAUGAUGACGAUGAUGAACGAAUUAAUCGAUUCGAAAAUAAUGAUGGUAAAAAAAUAAUUCCAACAGGACAAUGCCGAACCAAUGAUGGUUUUAUGGGUGUUUGUUGGCCAAGUGGAUUAUGUCAUUAUCAAUAUGGUAAUGUACGAUAUUCAUCAAAACAAUCAUGUCGUACAUUAGUUAAUGGUAAAAAUGUUCAAGGUGUUUGUUGUCCAUUAGAUGUUGAUUAUACACCAAAUUCUCGUGAUAGAAUACCAUAUCGAUUAACAAAACCAAGAUUACCACGUGAAUCGAUUCGAAUCACACGCAACGAAUUUCUUCGUGCAAUUCAACAAGCUGAUGCUGAUAUUACAAGAUAUUUAGUAUUGGAAGAAAAAUUUACAGGUGAAUUAGGUCAAGUACAAAUAGCAUUUACACCGGCUUUCUUUUUGCAAAUGAUGUUUGGUCCGGCCGAUCAAAAUCAACAGCUAACAAAUUUAUGGGGAUUUCGUGCACUACAACUUACAAGAGCAUUAGGUGAAAAUCUAAAUCUUUCACCAAAACAGUUACGUGAUGGAUUAUCAUCGAUAUCGAUGUACGGUACACCAUAUGAACAAUAUUGUUUAAAAAUACCCGAUUGUGAUGAACGUUAUCCAUAUCGUACUAUUGAUGGUAGUUGUAAUAAUAUUCGUAAUCCAUUAUGGGGAAAAUCAUUAACACAAUUCGAACGUUUAUUACCACCAGAAUAUAGUGAUGGUAUUAGUGAAUUAAGAAUUUCAAUAAAUGGUCGACCAUUACCACCACCACGUGCUAUUUCAACCGGGGUUUUUGAAACAUCUGGCCAAAAUGAUGCACGUUUUUCCGAUCGUUGGAAUGUAAUGUUUAUGCAAUGGGGACAAUUUCUUGAUCAUGAUAUUACACUUGGUUCUUCAACUCGUGCUUCAAAUGGACAAGGUUUAUUAUGUUGUAAUCGUACAAAUGAACAAGGUCCAUUAUUACAUCCUGCUUGUCGUCCAAUAUAUUUACCGGUUGAUGAUCCAUAUUAUAGUCGUUUUAAUCGUCAUUGUAAUAAUUUUGUUCGUAAUGCUGUUGGACCGAAAAAUUCCUGUAAUCUUGGAUAUCGUGAACAAACAAAUACUGUUACAUCAUUUAUUGAUGCAUCAAUGAUUUAUGGAAAUGAUUUUAAUCGUUCACGUUUAGUACGAUCAUUUCGUAAUGGUCAUUUAAAAAUUAGAAAAAUUAAUAAUAAUGAAUGGUUACCAUUUGAUACUAUGAAUAAUUCUUUAGCAUGUGCUAUACGUAAUCGACAAGAUAAUAAUCGUUGUGUUUUUGCCGGUGAUGUACGUGUCAAUCAACAAUUUGGUAUUACAUCAUUACAGUUAUUGUUUUUAAGAGAACAUAAUCGUUUAGCAAAACAAUUGGCUAAAUUAAAUUCAGCUUGGGAUGAUGAAAUUAUCUAUCAAGAAGCAAGAAAAAUUGUUUCAGCUGAAAUGCAACAUAUUACCUAUAAUGAAUUUUUACCCGAAGCAUUAGGUCGUAAUGUAAUACGUCAUUAUGGAUUAUCAUUACAACCGAAAGGUCAUUGUCUUGCAUAUGAUCGGGAUUUAAAUCCAUCCAUAUUGAAUGAAUUUGGUGCUGCUGCAUUUCGUUGGCAUACAUUGGUGCAAAAAUAUUAUCAUAUGAUUAAUGGAAAUAAUCAUAUUCAACAACGUUAUGAAAUGAAUCGUAUAUUUAAUAAUCCAACAUUUCUUUAUCCGAAUGGUUCAUUAGAUCAAGCAAUACGUGGUAUUUUAAAACAACCAACCGAACGUUUUGAUAGAAUUUUUACUGAAGAUAUAAAAAAUUUAUUAUUCGCACAACAAACAAGAACAAAUAAUAAUCAACGUGUUGGUAUGGAUCUAAUAUCGAUCAAUAUACAACGUGGUCGUGAUCAUGGUAUACCCACAUAUAAUCAAAUUCGUCAACUUUGUGGUCUACAAUUGAUUAGAAAUUUUCAACAAUUACGAUCAUUAUUAAGAAAUCCAGAUGAUUGGCAACGUUUAUCACAAAUUUAUUCUCACGUAGAUGAUAUUGAUUUUUGGGUAGCUGGAAAUCUUGAACAACCAUUACAGGAAGGUAUACUUGGACCAACAUUUAGCUGUAUUGUUGGUGAACAAUUUCGUCGUCUUAAAUACGGUGAUCGAUAUUGGUAUGAAAAUGGUCAAAUGCAACAUUCAUUUACUAUUGAACAACUAACAGAAUUACGUAAAAUAACAUUAGCCAGAAUUAUUUGUGAUAAUUCGGAUAGAAUACAUCGUAUACAGCCAUUAGCAAUGGUUACCAUAUCAAAACAAAAUCCAGAAUUGGAUUGUUCAUCAAUUCCACGAAUAGAUCUGAAACCAUGGAAAAUUAAUGUAAAUCGUGGAGGUGGUGGUGGCGGUAGAAACAGUAAUUCAAAAGUAAUUGAUCGUAAAAUACAACGAAAUCAAUCGAAUCGAAAAAGAAAACAAAAUCGACGAUUCAAUGGGCAAUUACGAACAAUUACAAAAUACGAUUACAAUGAUGAUGAUCGUAAAAUUUUUAUUAGGCCAAAAUUUAGACAACAAUUUUAUAAUCAUCAUUAUCAACAACAACAAACCAACAUACCAUAUCCAUUCAAUUCUAUUUUCUAAACAACAACGAUAUUCAAAAUGUUUUUUUUUGAUUGUUGAAAAAAUUGAAAAGUUUGAAAUAAAUCAUUUGGG